AUGCCCGAAAUUGACCCCGACAUCAUCGGCAAGACUGUCUUCGACAUCUCUCGCGCAUACAAGGGGACCCAGGACAAUCGGUCCGCCAGGUCCAGCAAAAUAAGAAAUAAAGAAUACUCGCUAAAGUCGGCCGGACAAUGCGUUUUGCAGAGGAAGCGGGCCGGUGUCUGCGAUCCAGCCGGAUGGAGCGAGGAACCCAAGAAGACGCCGCCCAAGCAGACAGGUCCUGGAGAAGACGACGGCAAGGAAAGGGGAAAGGGAAAGGGCGCAAUUACGGGCCAAAAAAUCACCGAGAGCAAGUUCCUGCAGUUCCUCGCCGAGCUGGACCCCGAGUUCAUUCGCCCCCUUGUUAAGGCCGUCCAGUCUGGAGAAGUCACCGUCUCGGAUAUUCAGCUAGCCUUUAAGCGCGCCCUCUUGGAAACCAUGGAAAAGCGCUGGGCAUACUUUAGAAGUGGCGAUAAGGCAGCUAAAAGCCUCAAGAAUAUUAUUGUCAACAUCUUUGCCACGGCCCGCUACGCAACGCCUCCUGAAUUCUGGCAAAAUGUUGCCAGGAACUUAACUUGCCUGAUAUUACGAGAGAAUUAG